UCUUACAAAAGGGUCCUUGUAAAAGGCUGAUAGAACCUUCUAUAGGCUAAUCAAUGAUAUAUAAUUUUGGAAACUGACAAGACAAUUGAAGUUACAGAGGCUGUUCCCUUUGACUUGUGCCAUUUCUUAUCUGAAUAAACUUCUAUUCAUGCCCCUCUCCCACGUUCCAUUCUUCACUAUCCUUCUACUUCAUACCUUUCUCACAAUCCCAGAGAAACAUCCAUGGGUAGAGCUCCUUGCUGUGACAAGGCAAAUGUAAAGAAAGGGCCAUGGUCACCAGAAGAAGAUGCAAAGCUAAAGGACUACAUAGACCAACAUGGCACCGGAGGGAAUUGGAUUGCGCUCCCCCAAAAAGUUGGUUUGAAAAGAUGUGGCAAGAGCUGUCGAUUAAGGUGGCUUAAUUAUCUUAGACCCAACAUUAAGCACGGUCAAUUUUCUGAUGCAGAAGAUAAAAUAAUCUGUAGCCUCUUCGCUAGCAUUGGAAGCAGGUGGUCCAUAAUAGCAUCUCAGCUGCCAGGGAGGACUGACAAUGAUAUCAAGAACUACUGGAACACGAAGCUUAAGAAGAAAAUGAUGGCCAUGAAUGCUUCUCCCCAGAAGAAGCCUCUUCAAAUCACCCUUUUAUCCAUCCUUGAAAGCUCAACACCAUCUUCAUCACCAUUGUCAUUCAGAGACACCACCAACUCAUACUACCAUCCCCACGCUUCUUUCACAGGCGUUGCCUCCUUUUCCUACUCUUCUGCUUCUGCUGAUUCCUUCUUUCAAGCACAAGAGAGUUUCAUGGACCCAACCCAGAAGUGCCAAUUCAAAGAUAGCACCAACAACACCAUGUUUGUGUUCGGUGGUGAAGCCACGGCCACUAGUUGCAGCUCUUCUGAUGCGAGCUGCAACAACCAGAUCAGCCAAAUCAUGGAGCCAGAAUUUGGCGAGGCUAGCUUUGUGGAGCAGAUAGGUGUUGCUGCUGAUAAUCCCCUCUACAGUGGUGGCAGUGCUAGUGUUAGUGGGUGGACAGACAAACAAAAUGGAUUGUGGGAACAAAAUCCGUUGGAUUAUUAUGGUCUAGAGGAAAUUAAACAGCUAAUUAGCACUAAUAACAGUUUUAACAACUUUUUGUUUGAUGAUAAGAAGACACAAGAAAGGGUCACGUAUUACUGAUGCUGACUCUGGUUACAACAACAUCUCAGACUUGUGCCUUUGUGGGGUGGGUUUUUAGUUUUUACUAUCUAGUAUUCAUCAAUAUAACCACUUUCUUUGUUUCAUACUACAUUGUAAAAGCUUCCUUUUUUUUCUUUCUGCAGUUCCCUUUGCCAAGGCAACCUUAUAAUUAACGAUGUCCUAAAACACCAACCAUGUUAUCCCUUUAUCUUCGAAACAUCAUAGUUCAGUAAUAUAUUUAUCGUG